AUCCGGUUUGAGCUAGUUCUGGUACUGCUCGGACGUUAAUGUUAAGUUACAGACUGCUCUGGAGGUGUAUAAGACAGAGGUGCAAGGCUGAACCACAUUACGCUGAUUGUCCUAAAAGGCUGUGCUGUUGUGUAAAAUCCGUGCUACCAAAGCAACGAUGGGAAGGAACAAAGCUAGCGCUGAUGCAGACCCAAAUGCUGAGCCAAGGAGAAAAUCUGCAAGAUUAUUAAAAUUGAAAGAGACAGAGGAAAAGCCAGAAAAGCCAGAAAAGAAAAAGGCACCUGCCAAGAAAGAUGUGAAAAAACCAGCAAAGGCUAAGCCAGAGGAGAAGAAAGAAGAACCUCAGGCAGAGACAGAAGAGGCUCCAGCAGAAAACGGGGAGGCCAAAGCUGAGGAGACCACAGCUGCAGAGGAACAGGCGAACGGCACAGAGGAACAGCCAGACGGUGAAGAGGAACAGCCGAAUGGCGAAGAGGAAAAAGAAGCAGAGUAGAAGCGAUACCUCUGAACUCAUUUGCCAAUGCUCCCUGUACCUCCUUUGUUGUAAAAUGCAGAGAAUAUUUUUAUCUACUAUUUUCUUAUGACAACAAUGUUUUUAGGGAUGUGAUUGCAUUUUUUUCCUAAAUACUACAACUUCCAUUCACUCUCAUGACUUGUGUGAAGGGAAGGUCUCUGUCAUUAUGUUCUUUUGGUCAUUUUGUUGUUAGAUUGUAGUUUUGUUUUGUUUUUUUCUGCAUGGCAUGCAAUAAUGCCUUCAUCAGGAAUGGGAGAGUUUACCUGAAACAUUCCCAAAGAAUUUUAAGAGAUUUUGUAACCUGUACUGUGUUGAAUACACAUCAAAAUACUGUUUGUUUGAUAAUGGGAUGAUUUGAAAGUUUGAAGCUUGUAUUCUAUGCUUUAACAAAAUGCCUUGUUCACAAUGUUCACUUUCAUCAUUUUCACAAGGAGUCCGGGAGUUGGUUUUCACUUUAAGGUACAAUUGAGAACGGUUAAAUUAAUCAAUGUUCUAAGCUAUGCUCAAAACAAAAAUGCAUUACAGUUAGUCAUAUUUGAUAUGGUUUUGGGAUUUGUCUACCAAUGUACAGUUUCCUCCUUUAAAAAAAAAAAAAAUGUUUUCUUUGUUUUGGAUGGUAUGAAAUGCCAAUUAAAGUGGGGAAUUUCUUUUAA